GGGGAGGUGCUGAGAGAAACCGAACAAAAAGAUAGCACCAAAAAAAUAAGGAUAAAGUCAAGGGCGACAAGAGAGAUGAGCAUUACCGGUGGGAAUACUCGCUAUGUGUCUACUUUCAAGAUGCAGCUGUCGGCCCCCAAGUCAAAGGGGGCCAAUGCACAAGACCCCCAACCCGCAGUUGUGAGGAAUGGUGAAGAGACAUCCAGUGCAGUGAGCACAAAAAACAUCCAUACGAGAGGUCUGGAUCCACCCCUUUUUAUCAAGCCCCUUCAAGACUGUUUGGUCGAUGAAGGAAAUGACAUCAUUUUGAAGGGUAUUAUUACGGGAAGUCAGCCAAUCAGCGUUUGCUGGCUUCAUAAUGGUGAGGCGGUCCAGUUUGGUAAAUCCUCUUUAGAGGGUACAGACGUGAGUCUGGUUGUUAAAGAGUGUCUCCCAGAAGAUGCUGGGGCUUAUACCUGUGUCGCUGAAAACACGGCAGGAAAAACAUCUAGCAGUGCAGCCGUCUGUGUGAGAGACUAUGAAACAAUUUUUGGGGUCAACAACAACAUCGCACACACGUCUCAUUCUCAGUCACCUCAUCCUCUCACUCCUGAUGUGGUAAACGGGUUAUUAAACUCAAUCGGGAAGAUGCCAGAUGACAUCAGUGUUUUUAAAGAGUCGCAUUCUCCUCACACACCCCAGACAGGAAGUCCAGAUACAAGCUCUCCAACAAACAAAAAAGAGGUGCCAGUGAAAAGGAAAAGCAGCUCUUGUACCGCGCCACCUCUGCAGUUCAUAGCUCCAUUAGAUUGUUUGGAGGUCCGUGUUGGAGAGACGGCCCGACUGACCUGUGCGUUCAAAGGCAGUUCGCCAGUGGUGUCUUGCUGGAUCCGAAACAAAAAGGAGGUGGUAGAAAGCUCCAGGUUUCAAAUAGAGAAAUCUGAUGAGAGCAGUUCUCUGGUGAUCCUUAACGUUUUACCAGAUGACUCUGGACGUUAUACGGUAUUUGUACGAGAUCGCAAAAGUUCAGCUCAACACACGUUGACCCUGCGUGUCAUUGAUCGUCCCCAGCCUCCUGCUUCCUGUCCUGUGCCGUGUGUUGUCUCUUCUCUCUCUCUGGUCUUGUCCUGGUCUGGUCCUUCUUAUGAUGGUGGCAGUGCUGUGACAGGAUACGUGGUGGAGGUUUGUGAAAGCCCUGCUGAGAGUGGACACUGGAAAGAGCUCACGGCCGAGUGCACGAGCACUUCAUUCAGGGUGAGCUCAGGCCUGAAGCCGCAAGGAGAGUACCGCUUCCGGGUCAGGGCGUAUAACGCUGUGGGAGUCAGUGAACCGAGUCAAGAGUCGCAGCCAAUCAGAAUGGAGAUCCCAGGAGACGCCACUGAAGAGACGCCCGUGGAGUAUGUGAAUGUCAUCAUCAAUACUGAAAAUAAAAUAACCGAUCACUUCAUUGUCCAGGAAAGACUCGGAGUAGGUAAGUUCGGGCAGGUCUUUCGGAUGACCCAUAAGGAGACGGGCCGUGUUUGCGCUGGAAAGUUUUAUAAGGGACGUCGAGCAAAGGAGAGGGAAGCUGCGAGAAAAGAAAUCGAGCUAAUGAAUUUCUUACAUCAUCCUAAGCUGGUCCAGUGUCUCGCCGCAUAUGACAACAAGUCUGAGAUGGUCAUGGUGAUGGAAUAUGUUGCUGGUGGCGAGCUGUUUGAGCGUAUUGUGGAUGACAGUUUUGAACACACCGAGAUUACCUGUGUGGGAUACAUGCAACAGAUUUUGGAGGGAAUUCAGUACAUGCACCAGCAAAACAUUGUCCAUCUAGACCUUAAACCUGAAAACAUUGUCUGUGUGGACAGAACUGGGAUUCAGAUCAAGAUCAUUGACUUUGGAUUAGCUGGCAAGCUGGAUCCCAACGUACCUCUGAAGGUAAUGCAAGGCACUCCUGAAUUUGUUGCUCCAGAGGUGAUCAACUUUGAGCCUGUUACUUUGGUCACUGACAUGUGGAGCAUUGGGGUCAUCUGCUACAUCCUGCUGAGUGGUGAAUCCCCGUUCCAGGGUGAAAGUGACACAGAGACUUUGUCUCUUGUAACAGCUGCACAAUGGGAGUUUGAUGAGGAGAGCUUUGAAGAUAUCACUGACCUAGCCAAGGAUUUUAUUAGCUCUCUGCUCAGCAAAGAUGUCAGACGUAGGAUGUCAUGUAAUGAUGCUUUAGCGCACCCUUGGAUGGCAUACUUGUGUGUAGACAACGCCAACAGCGCCACCAAAACACUAUCCAAGGACAAGAUGAAGAAAUUCCUGACUAGGCAGAAGUGGAAGAAAACAGGUAAAGCUUUGCUGGCUUUGAAAAGGAUGGCAAUACUGGCCAAACCAGAGGGUUCUGCAAUCUUAAGCCCUGUAGAUGAGACCGAGCAGGCAUUGCAGUCUCUGGAGCUAAAGCUGCAAUGUAAACCUGAGUUCAGUCAGACUCCAUGUGACCUGACUGUCUCGCAGGGCUCCAGUGCCAAACUCUCCUGUCUCAUCACAGGUUACCCUGAUCCUGAGGUGGUGUGGUUAAAGGACGGUGAGCUGCUGGAGUUAAAGGAGGGCUGUGUAACAGUGGACUAUGAGGAACAAGGCAGCUGUACUCUUACGCUAGAGGAGGUUUCGUUACACCACAGCGGCCUGUACUCAUGCAGAGCCACUAAUGCACAUGGGGAGGCGCUGUGCACUGUAACCCUUGCUGUAGUAGAAAAAGAUAGGCCUGUAGAUUCAUGAUAACGCAAACAUUUACAAAUUUAUAAUGCAUACAUUGUGUCUAUACAUAUCACACAACACGCACUCAAUCCAGUGUUGGGUUAAACAAUAGGUUAAAACAACCCAGCAUUUUUGGUUGAAACACCUCCGCAUAAAAUUACAACCCAUCGUUUUGGGUUUGUCAUGUUUUUUGACUCAACGCUGGGUUGAAAAUAACCCAUAAUUUUUAAAGAGCAUACAUGAAAUUAUUUAUGUUUAUAGAUAUCACACAAACCAUAUAUACAUAUAAACGCACACCAGAUAUGAUAUAAUAUAAUGUGAUAUUAUUGUUGAUAAAGUGUUAAAAAUGUAAUAAAUUGAUGCAUUACUUUCAA